CUCGCCGAGCGCGGCGGGAGGCUUCGUUCCCAGCCAGCAGCGAGGACCGGGUGCAGCGGCGGCUCCUCGCUGCCCGCAGCCCGCCGGCAGCCCUCACCGAGCCGCCCGCCUGGCAGGGCUGCCGAAGCAUGCGGAGCCAUGGGCCAGGGCUGCGGACACUCCAUCCUCUGCCGGAGCCAGCCGUACCAGGCGGCCGCGUCUGACCUACGGGGCCAGCAGGUUUUCUUGAAGGUGGAGGACGCCGUGCCCGGCUCCGAGGCGCUACAGGAUGCCCUGCUGAGCCUGGGGGCCGCGAUCGACGCCUCGGGCCUGCGGGACGCCCUCCGCCAUGCCCUCGUCGCCCUGCUGCCCAGAGUGGAGCAUGUCUACAUCUACCUGCUGGAUGGAGAAACCCGGCUGAUCUGUGAUGACCCCCCCCACGAGCUGCCGCCUGAGGGGAAGCUCAGGGAUGCGGUGCGGAGACAGAAGCGGCUGGAGUGCGGGGGGCUGCCCCCCGCCGAGCUCCCUGGCCAGCAGCUGGGACCCCUGGCAGCACCCCUGGCCCCUGGCACGCAAGUGCUCGUCAUCCCGCUGGCGGACAAGGACGGCGGGGCCGUGGUGUGCGUCAUCCUGGUGCACUGCGGCCAGCUGAGCGACUCGGACGAGCAGAACCUGCGUGCGCUGGAGAAACACACCCUGGUGGCGUGCCGGCGCCUGCAAGCCCUGCAGAAGCUGCAGCCCUGGCCCCAGGUCAGCCUCUCCACCAGCUCCUCCCAGAACUCCCUGGCCAAGCCCGAGAAGGCGCCCGACAGCAGCUACAGUGCCCUGGACUGCAAGAUCCUGCAGCUCUGCGGUGAGCUGUACGACCUGGAUGCCGCCUCGCUCCAGCUCAAGGUCAUCAACUAUCUGAAGCAGGAGACCCAGUCGCUCUGCUGCUGCCUCCUGCUCGUCUCCGAGGACAACCACCAGCUCUUCUGCCAGGUGGUGGGGGACCGCGUCCUCGAGGAGGAGAUCAGCUUUUCGCUCACCUUCGGGCGCCUGGGGCGGGUGGCGGAGGACAAGAAAUCCAUCACCUUGAAGGACAUCAGCGAGGAGGAGCACAAGCAGCUGAGCAGUAUGUUGGGGUGCGAGGUCACCUCCAUGCUCUGCGUCCCCGUCAUCAGCCGGGCCACCUCGCAGGUGGUGGCACUGGCCUGCGCCUUCAACAAGCUGAGCGGGGAGAGCUACACAGAGGCGGAUGAGCACAAGAUCCAGCACUGCUUCUGCUACACCUCCACGGUGCUCACCAGCACCUUGGCCUUCCAGAAGGAGCAAAAGCUCAAGUGCGAGUGUCAGGCCUUGCUGCAGGUGGCGAAGAACCUCUUCACGCACUUGGACGACGUCUCUGUUCUGCUCCAGGAGAUCAUCACGGAGGCCCGAAACCUCAGCAACGCCGAGAUAUGCUCCGUGUUCCUGCUGGACCGGCUCAGCCACGAGCUGGUGGCCAAGGUGUUCGACGGCGGCGUGGUGGACGACGAGAGCUACGAGAUCCGCAUCCCCGCGGACCAGGGCAUCGCCGGGCACGUGGCCACCACCGGGAAGAUCCUCAACAUCAAGGACGCCUACUCCCACCCGCUCUUCUACCGCGGCGUGGACGACAGCACCGGCUUCCGCACCAGGAACAUCCUCUGCUUCCCCAUCAAGAACGAGAGCCAGGAGGUCAUCGGGGUGGCGGAGCUGGUCAACAAGAUCAACGGCCCCUGGUUCAGCAAAUUUGACGAGGACCUGGCCACCGCCUUCUCCAUCUACUGCGGCAUCAGCAUCGCCCACUCGCUGCUGUACAAGAAGGUGAACGAGGCGCAGUACCGCAGCCACCUGGCCAACGAGAUGAUGAUGUACCACAUGAAGGUGUCGGACGAUGAGUACACCAAGCUGCUGAGCGAGGGCAUCCAGCCCGUGUCGACCAUCGACCCCAACUUCGCCAGCUUCACCUACACGCCGCGCUCGCUGCCCGAGGACGACACGUCCAUGGCCAUCCUGAGCAUGCUGCAGGACAUGAACUUCAUCAACAACUACAAGAUGGACCGCCAGACGCUCACCAGGUUCUGCCUGAUGGUGAAGAAGGGCUACCGCGACCCCCCCUACCACAACUGGAUGCACGCCUUCUCCGUCUCCCACUUCUGCUACCUGCUCUACAAGAACCUGGAGCUCGUCAACUACCUGGAAGACAUCGAGAUCUUUGCCCUCUUCAUUUCCUGCAUGUGCCAUGACCUGGACCACAGAGGCACCAAUAACUCCUUCCAGGUGGCCUCGAAAUCGGUCCUGGCCGCGCUGUACAGCUCGGAGGGCUCUGUCAUGGAGAGGCAUCACUUCGCCCAAGCCAUCGCCAUCCUCAACAGCCAGGGCUGCAACAUCUUCGACCACUUCUCCCGCAAGGACUACCAGCGCAUGCUGGACCUCAUGAGGGACAUCAUCUUGGCCACCGACCUGGCCCACCACCUGCGCAUCUUCAAGGACCUCCAGAAGAUGGCAGAAGUGGGCUACGACCCCAAGAACAAGCAGCACCGCAGCCUGCUGCUCUGCCUGCUCAUGACCUCCUGCGACCUCUCCGACCAGACCAAGGGCUGGAAGACCACCAGGAAGAUCGCGGAGCUGAUCUACAAGGAGUUCUUCUCCCAGGGUGACCUGGAGAAGGCCAUGGGCAACCGCCCGCUGGAAAUGAUGGACCGGGAGAAGGCCUACAUCCCCGAGCUGCAGAUCAGCUUCAUGGAGCACAUCGCCAUGCCCAUCUACAAGUUGCUGCAGGACCUCUUCCCCAAGGCGGCGGAGCUCUACGAGAGGGUGGCCAGCAACCGGGAGCAGUGGACGAAGGUCUCCCACAAAUUCACCAUCCGGGGGCUGCCCAGUAACAAUUCCCUGGACUUUCUGGAUGAGGAAUACGACCCGCAGGCCCCCGACCCCCAGCUCAACGGCUGCCUGGAGCCCGAGGGGGGGCAGCCCGAGGCGGGGGCUGAGUGAAGGGGGUGAUGGGGGGGCGCCGGGCCGGGGCUGCAGGCCAGGAGCAUCCCCAACCCUCAUCCCCCAGCCCACCGGGAGGAGGUUUGGGGGGUCAUCAGUGACUCUGGACCGCCACCGUGAGGUCCUUCCCUACCGGUGGGUGACUGUCCCCUCCCUCCGGGGCAGGUAUUCAGGUGUCCCCCCCCAUCCGGUGGUCCCUGGACCCCUCUUUGCUGGGACUCUGCCUCGGUGGCUGGGAAUGCUGGGGGGUACUGUGGGGCUGGGGGAUGGAUGUGCUUUAAAUUGCCUUAAGGCUGCAGGUCCUGUCCCCACGGGGCGGCAACGGGGACGAUGUCCUCGGUGGAAGCACCCCCCGGGGGGGUCAUCCCCCUGAAAUGGGGCUGGCUGUGGGGGUCAGCGGGACCGAGGGGUUUGGCGUGGGGCAGGAUGGCGAGGGGCAGUGGGAGUGCUGUUGGGGUGGGCUGCGGGGCACGUUGGGGGUCCCCGUGGACCCCAGAGAGGGCCUGUGGGAGGGGGGCUGGGAGGUCAGAGGAGCCAGGAUCAGGCCCACGGAAGAAGGGCUGGCUCUGGCUGGAGGAGGGAAGAGGUGCCUGGAGCGGGAUGACCACGGCCGUGGGGAUGCUCUGCCUGCACCCCCUGCCAGACCGGCCCCCACCACGCACCAGAACCAGCUCCUGCCUCUUCCCAGCAGCUGCCGAGCAUCCGUUGGCUAAAAGACACCCCUCCCCGCCCCCCCAGGACCCCAGACCCAUUCACCCGUGGAAGGACCCGUGCCCAGCCGGGUCCCACGCGGCCACGUCCCCUGCAAGGGCUACACGCGUGCCAGGGCUGGCGGGGCUCCGGCUCCUGGUUUGCACGCAUGGGGGGGGGCUGCGCUCCCAUGGGGACACCACAGAGGGUCUGGUGCCCACCGUGUCCCCAGCGCGUGGGUGUUUCUGUGGCUUGGCACCGUGGUGCCCACCCGGGAGCCUCCUCUCUGCAAGCGGCUGUGCCUGGUGACCAACAUGUCCAUGAGCGUCCCCAGCUUGCAGCGGCUUCACAAGUCAUGCCAUGCAGACCACCAUGCAUGGACCCUGCUGGUGUCCCACGGCCCCUCCAGUCCUGCAGACCACCAUGCAUGGACCCCGAUGGUCUCCUGUGGUUCCUCUGGUCCUGCAGACCACCAUGCAUGGACCCCGAUGGUCUCCUGUGGUUCCUCUGGUCCUGCAGACCACCAUGCAUGGACCCCGAUGGUCUCCUGUGGUUCCUCUGGUCCUGCAGACCACCAUGCAUGGACCCCGAUGGUCUCCUGUGGCUCCUCUGGUCCUGCAGACCACCAUGCAUGGACCCCGAUGGUCUCCUGUGGUUCCUCUGGUCCUGCAGACCACCAUGCAUGGACCCCGAUGGUCUCCUGUGGUUCCUCUGGUCCUGCAGACCACCAUGCAUGGGCCCUGCCAGUGUCCCACUGUCCCUCUGGUCUUGCAGAUCACCAUGCAUGGAGCCUGCUGGCAUCCAAUGAUCCCUCUAGUCCUGGAGCCCACCAUGCAUGGACCCUUACGGUCUCCUGUGGUUCCUCUGGUCCUGCAGACCACCAUGCAUGGACCCCGAUGGUCUCCUGCAGUCCUUCUGAUCCGAUCAACUGCCAUGCAUGGACCCUACCAUCCUCCCAUGGACCCUCUGGUCCUACAGACCACCAUGCAUGGACAGUGAUGGCCUCCUGUGGUCCCUCUGGUCCUACUUAGCACCAUGCAUGGACCUCGCUGGUCUCCCACCAUCCUGCCUACACUGCUGACUGCCUCGCAUGGACCCUGCCAUCCUCCUGCGGUCCCUCCGGUCCUACAGAUGAUCAUGCAUGGAUGGUGAUGGCAUCCUGUGGUCCCUCUGGUCCUACAGACCACUGCGCAUGGACCCUGCCAUCCUCCUGUGGUCCUACAGACAACCCAUGCAUGGACAGUGGUGGCCUCAUCAUGCAUGGACGGUGAUGGCCUCCCAUGGUCUCUCUGGUCCUACAAACCACCGUGCACGGACACUGCCGGCCUCCCCGCGGUCCCUCCACUCCCACACCCCACUGUGCGUGGAUCCCCUCAGCCGUGGGGGCUCUGCCCCACCACCCCUGCAGGGUCCCUCCGGCUGUGUGUGUCCCAGCCCCGUGUCACCCCAACCAAAGCCACCCAAAGCACCCACGAGCCGGGGAAGCAGGGCAGGGUGAGCCCCCCCGAGCAGCUCGCCUUGCCGGGGUUGAGCCGAAGGAGGGGCUGGGGGUGCAGGUGGAUGCUGAGCCCCAAGGGAUUGGGGUGCACUGAGCACCCCUGGCUGCAUCACCCGGCUGACGGCAGCCGGUGGGAUUCACCGGCCCGGUGAAAUCCUGGUGCUGCCGGGAUCGGUCCCGCCAGGGUCGGUGCCACGGGGGCUGGUCCCAGCAAGGUCAAGGGCAGCCCAGGGGCCGUUGGCUGCCCCGUCCCCGCUCCGCCGCGGCAUCCCUCGGUACCAUCCCCGCGCCGAGCCCCGGCGGUGCCGCAGCGGGUCCCCGGGGCACGGCGAUGCUCCCGGCGUGACGGGGCCCUCCCGGAUUUGGGGUGCGGGGUGGCUGUUCCGCUCAUCGUCUCGUCUGUAAGCAUCGCCUCGCCUGUUUUCUUGGGGUACCGGGAGCGCGUGCGUCUGCGGGAGCCGCGGGACACCCCGAAGCCGAGCUGCUCCCCCGGGGACGAAGUGAACUGAAUUCCUUUUGCCUUACCUACUCGGAGAUGCCUUUAGCGAGAUGCUUUGCCCAAACCCCGGUAGGACCCGCCCGGUGACCACGGCUGGCUGCUGGCCCAUGGCUUCGUCUACGAGACCCCCCCCCUCAAGCCCUUCUCCCCCCCUCCCCACGCCGCCGUGCAAGGACACGGAGUGGGGGGACACAGGGACGGUCCCAGAAGGCAGCGAACCCCCAAACUGCAAGAGGAGGAAGGCGGCUCUGGUGGUGUGUGUAGAUGGGCGAUGCUUUCCCAGCUCCCACCCCUGUACAUACCCCUGUGGAUGCUGGUGGGGGGGGGCGCGGCCGGCACCCGGCCCGGCUCACCCACGAGUGGGCGCGGGCGUGCGUGGGCGUGCAAAACCUCCUCUGGCUUUCCUGUCCUCCCCUCUCGCGGCGCUCGUUGUUCUGGGCUCCAACGGAGCCCGAGGAAGAGGCUCUUCUCCUUCCUCUCCUCCUUCCUCUUCGUCUCUUCCUCUUCUUCUCCCUCCUUUCCUUCUCCUUCCUCUCCUCCUUCCUCUUUUUCUCCUUCCUCUCCUGCUCCUUCUCCUCCUCCUCCUUCCUCUUUCUCCUUUUUUUUUUUUUUUUUGGUGGGUUUUGGUUUUCCUAAAUAAAUUUCAUACGUCGA